GAGAAACGAUUCGCUCACCGACAGGACCGAUAGAUCACAUACUGUCUGUUCUCCAACUAGAGGGAGCGCGUAGGAAACCGAGAGAGAAGAACAAGUGAAAGAAAGAGAGAAUAAAGAGGGAGAGGAGAGCGAGAGAAGAAUAAGCGCUCGUGGGAGUGAGGGGAAAAAAGUGAAAGUGACCAUGACUACCACCAUGCCAGUCUCUGCAUCCCCUCCUGUCCUCUCACCCGGCCCAGGAGAACCUUCCUCUGGGGGAAUAAUCUGCUCCGAUCCGUUUUACACCCCCACAACCACCAGCCCUCAUCAAGACUCCCCAUCCCUGCGGCUCACCACCACGGGACUCCUCAACCCCUUCCUAUCGGGCUCAGGAGUCCCAUCCUGCGGCUUGGGAUUCAACAACACCCCGGUGUCUGGAGAUCGAGUCAUUUCCACCACCACUGCGACCACAACCAGUGAGUGCAGAAUGGUGGAUGUACACGGAAUAAAAGUUGCCUCUUUCAGCGUCGGAGGACAGGACGAGUUGAUUUGUCUACCCCAAGUUUUCGAUCUCUUCCUAAAACACCUAGUCGGCGGGCUUCAUACCGUUUACACCAAGCUGAAACGCCUGGAUAUAUGUCCGGUUGUGUGUACGGUGGAGCAGGUACGUAUCCUGCGAGGACUUGGCGCUAUUCAACCGGGAGUAAACCGCUGUAAACUCAUCUCCCGGCGAGACUUCGAGGCGCUCUACAAUGACUGCACCAAUGCAAGGUGGGAAUGAGUGUUCCUGGGAUAAGGAGAGGCUUGUGUCGCAACCCUGUGGAGGUGGAGGGGUGGGCAGAACAGGGAUGGGAGGACAACCGAGACUAAAUAACCAGAUGACCUCACUACAACAGCAACUACUGGCCAACCGUCUCCAGGACCUCCCUUUCAUGAUGAUUCCCCACCCCUUACUUCCUGCCAGGUUGCCCCCGGCGUCGGUUGCCAUGGCGAUGUCACAGAUGAACCACCUCAACACCAUCGCCAACAUGGCAGCUGCCGCGCAUAUACACACACACCGGGGCAUCAAGGAGCGUGUGUGUGACAGUCCGUCCCCCUCCCCGUCUCUAGAAGACACACAUACACCUCUCCUCUCACAGCUCUCCUCACAUCUCAGCUCUACAUCGUCACCAGACCCUGUGAAUCACGACAGAGACCUUACUGAAAGAGACAUUCAAAAAAUUGCAAGAGAGAAAGAAGACUCCUCAUCGGCUCUUCCCAUGGUGAAGCCGUCAUUUGAUAGGCUGUCCUCAGGCCAGGCUCUGCCCCCUGGCUUCCCUGCUCCGUUCCUAUUCGCUGACGGCAUUUCCUCUGUUGAGACUCUACUCACCAACAUACAGGGCCUGUUAAAGGUGGCUGUAGAGAGUGCCAGUGUCCAGGACAAUCAGAUCCAGGCAGAGAAGAGAGAACUGAAGAUGGAGCUGUACAGAGAGAGAGAGUUGAGAGAGAGUCUGGAAAGACAACUCACCUCAGAGUUACAGAGCAGAGCCUCUAUGCAGAAGCGCUUGAAGAAAGAGAAAAAGUUGAAGAGGAAACUACAGGAAGUGUUGGUGUUUGAGUCCAAGAGGAGGGAGAGAGUUGAGGAUGCUCUCAAACGCUGGUCCUCGUCCUCUCUCUCUCCUCCCAGCUGCAGCAACGAUAUUGAGGUACCAGAAGAUGGACCUGAACUGAAUGGUAACCAGCAUAACAAUCCUACAAUCCAAGAAUCCUGUUCGUUCCUGAAGACCCCGCUACCGUUCUAAUUACAUCGCUGUGAGCUCAUCACUGAACACCCGGCCUGUUGCCACGACAGCCUGGAAAGAGAACAACUAUCCUGUUUGGAUUGACUGAGAGGAGAGGAGGGACGUUUAAAAGAUGGAGAGGAGAGGAGGAGGGACGUUUAAAAGAUGGAGAGGAGAGGAGGGACGUUUAAAAGAUGGAGAGGAGAGGAGAGGA